AUGGAUGAAAUAAAUCAGACUACUGUGACCUUCUUCAUUAUUAAGGGGAUAUCAGAUGUGCCCAAAGUCCAGGUUUUGAUCUUCUUACUGGUUCUGCUUAUUUAUCUUCUCACCCUUGGUGGUAAUAUGACCAUUCUCCUGCUCGUCUGUUUGGACUAUCACUUGCACAAUCCCAUGUACUUCUUCCUGUGUAACCUCUCCAUCGUGGACAUAUGUUGUUCUACUGUAACUCUACACAAUAUACUUAUUAUGUUUUUAACGGGAAGUGAUAGAGUUUCUUUCUCUACCUGCAUGGCACAAAUAUACUUUUUUUCAAGUUUUACGGCAAACGAGUUGUUGAUGCUAACUGCCAUGAGCUAUGAUCGCUACAUGGCCAUUUGUAAACCUUUGCACUAUCGAGUUGUUAUGAGGAUGAAGAACUGUUAUGCACUGGCUGUUUCCAUUUGGGCGUUGACAUUUAUAGAUAUUAUACCGUACAUGGUCUUAAUCGCAAAACUCUCUUGCUAUAAAUCCAAUGUAAUCAACCAUUUCUUCUGUGAUAUUAUGUUUGUUAUAAAACUAUCCUGCAGUGACACCUCUGCCUUGGAUACUUUGUUUUUUACAGAAAGUUUGUUUCUAUUAAGUCUCACUCCCUUUCUUCUGACCUUUAUCUCUUAUCUAUUUAUUAUUGCCACCAUACUGAAGAUCCGUUCGAGUUCCGGGAGAUGGAAAGCAUUCUACACAUGUUCCUCCCAUCUCACGGUUGUUGUUCUGCUUUACUCAACCCUCUCCUGCCAGUAUCUAAUGCCAAUUGCAGUGGGCAAUUUGGACUUCAAUAAAGGCUUCUCUCUUUUUAACACGGCAGCUGUCCCAAUAUUAAACCCAAUAAUUUACAGCUUAAAAAAUGAAGAUGUGAAAGCAGCUCUGAAACGAAAGAUAACAUUGUGA